AUGGAUGAUUUAUUUAUUUUCUUUUUUAUCUUUUUUAUUAUCAUUUUUUGUUUCUUUAGUUUUUUAUAUAAUAACAUUGAUAACAAUAAUAACAAUAACAAUAACAAUAAUAAUAAUAAUUUUAAAAAUAAUUAUAAUGAUAACAUUAAUAAUAAUAAUAAUUUUAAUAAUAAUAAUAAUAAUAAUUUUAAUCAUUGUAAUUAUAAUAAUAAUAAUUUUAAAAAUAAUAAUAAUAAUAAUUUUAAUAAUAAUAAUGAUUAUAUUUAUAAUAAUAAUAAUAAUAAUGGUUUUAAUAAUAAUAAUUUAAAUAAUAAUAAUUUAAAUAAUAAUUAUAAUAGUUAUAAUAAUAACAAUAUUUUUAAUAAUAAUAUAUAUAAUAAUUAUAAUAAUUAUAAUAAUAAUAACAAUAAUUUUAAUUAUAAUAAUUAUUAUAAUUUUAAUGACAAUAAUAAUUUUAAUAAUUUUAAUAAUAAUAAUAUAUAUGAUAACAAUGAUAAUUUUAAAAAUAAUAAUUAUAAUAACGAUAGCUAUAAUGAUGGUAGUUUAAAUUUAGAUAACAUCUACUCCAAUACCAGAGACAAUACAUGUAGAAAGGGGAAGACCCCAAUAGAACCACAAGAGAGAACAACCCCACACUUUUAUCCUUCAGACCCAGCCCCAAAUAAUAAUAAUAAUAUAAACAAUAGUAACAAGACAUUAGAGUCAGAUGUAUUAUUAUUAGAAAUUAAAAGAAAGGAUAAAGAAAAAACUGAAAGGGAAAAAUCAAUAAAAGAACUCAGAAAAGAAUUGAAAAAAUUAGAAAGAGAAUUCCAAGAAACUGAACGUUCCGAAAGAUCAGCAAGAGAAAGAGAACGUUUGGAAAUAUUAGAAAGAGAAAGAAUCGAAAGAGAAAGAAUUGAAAGAGAAAGAAGAGAAAGAGAAAGAAGAGAAAGAGAACAAAGAGAAUGGGAACGUACCCAAAAUUUAAUAAGAGAAAGAGAACUACAAGAAAGGGUACGUAGAGAACAUCUUGGAAGAGAAAGAAUGGAUGUUGAACAGCCAGAAAGACAACAACCAAGAAGACAACCAAGAGAAACAGAAAGAAUGCAAAUAGAGCAUUCACAAAGACAACCAACAGAAAUAGAAGCAAUGCCAAUAGAGCAUCCACAAAGACAACAACCAGAAAGAAUGCAAAUCGAGCAUCCAAAUAGACAACCAGAAAGAAUGCAAAUCGAGAAUCCAAAUAGACAACCAGAAAGAAUGCAAACACACCAUCCAGAAAGACAACAACCAAUAAGACAAGCAAGAGAAAGUACCCAAAAUUUAUCAAGACAAAGAAUGGAAUCAGAAAAUAGAGAAAGGGUACAAAGAGAAAAUUAUUUAAGAGAACAACUAUUAAGACAAACAAUAGAAAGAGAGCAACAAGCAAGAGGACAUACCCAUAGAAGAAAUAGAAGAUCAUAA